UCAAAUCAGCUCACUCUCUGUCUCAGUUCUAUGGCGUCCGAUCAUCCAAGCAUGUCUGAGCUCGCUCUCGGCCGCCGCGUCUUUGUCGCCGACCAGCCCAGCUCAGCCGCCGCCCAGUCCUCGGCUUCAGCACCAGCACAGGCACCAGUCCCAGUCCCGUCCAUCAUCUCGUCGGGCGGCGUGAGUGGCGCGCUCGGAACGGUUCGGUUUGUGGGCCUCGUGCCGCCAAGCGAAGGGGAAUGGUUUGGCAUCGAAUGGGACGACCCAUCGCGAGGCAAGCACGACGGAAGCCAUGGAGGACACACGUACUUUCACUGCCGGCAUCCGAUGGCGGGAUCGUUCGUUCGACCGAAACGCGUCAACUUUGGUGUGCCGUUUACAUCAGCUUUGCGGGAAAAGUACGCCGUGCCUGACGCAAGCGCUGCAGUUGUGUCGGAUCCAACUGGGAGAGUCGUGCUAUUGAAAGACGACAAGGAUUCGUUGGUCAAAGUCCAAUUGGUCGGUUUGGACGCGGUUGAAGCACGGCAACGGCAGCUACAUUUGUUACCACGGGCCAGUCUGCGUGACUGCUUGGUGAACGGUCAACCCGACACCGACCCAAUCGACACAAAGUCACUUGCUCUUGAAGAAUUAGACUUGUCACGCAAUCUACUCUCGUCGUGGGUGUCUGCGGCUGAAGUUGCGUCGCGGCUGCCUCGGCUGACUUUUCUUGAUCUGAGUGAUAAUCUCCUUUCUUGGGACACUCUUGCAACUGUCAAGCUGCCGCUUUUGCAGUCACUAUUUUUGAAUAACUCUGGUCUUGCAUGGGCCCAUUUUUCCUCAGUGGGGGUUGCAGCUCCCAACCUUUUGGAACUCCACGCGCGAAGCAAUCAUCUUUCCAGUCCUGCCGUUUCAGAAGUUCAAGAUCUUGCAGUUGCAUUCCCCCAUCUCGAGCACCUCGACCUUGACGCGAAUGAAAUCUCCAGUUGGGACUCCAUUCAACCUGUAUUAGGCCACAUUUCAAAUCUGAAACGACUCAUCCUCAGCCGCAAUAAACUCGUCGACAUCUCGCCGCUGCAAGACACCUCUCUGUUUCCGUCGUUGUCAGCGCUGUCUCUGUUGGGGUGUCCAAUUGAUAAGUGGUCCUCUGUGAAUGCGCUUGGAUCGUUGCAAAAACUGUCAGAAUUACGAUUCUCAGACGUUCCACUGGUGAAAGACUUUUCUGUGGUCGAUGCAAGAUUAAUCUUGAUUGCCAAGCUGCGCGGUCUCACCUUUUGCAACGGAAGCGAUAUCACGCCUCGGGAACGCGACGAUGCGGAGCGUUUUUAUCUCGCUCGCUUUGCGUCCGACUGGGUGGUAGCUGGUCGAGAACCCGGAGAUGCACGAGUAGCCUUUGAUCGCGAGCACCCUCGUUUUAAUGCGUUGAUUGCGAUCCAUGGUGCACCAAGCGUACCGUCCGCAUCGGCAACGUCAAGCGCGCUCAAGCACACACUAAUCGAGCUCAAUCUAACGCACGGCAGUCGGUCACAGCUCAAAAAACUCCCGCGAAAUCUCUCCAUCGCAAAGCUGCGCAUGAUGGUCGCCAAGCUGUUUGCCAUUCCGAGCUCGUCCGCUUCUGCCAUUCGCAUUGCGAGCGUUGACCCGACGCGUCACAUCAGCAUCCCGCUCGAUGAUGAUUUCCGCGAGCUCGACUUUUAUUCGCUCGAACCUGGCAGCACGUUGCUUGUGACUGUGGAUUAAGAGGGAGAGGGAUGGGCGAAUGCUUUUCAACUCGAUAUUCUUUCCACUCAGGAUGCUUUCAACGUAAUCUACUCGUCCGUGUACUUGUACUGUAUUUCGUUUCGCUGAAAAGGUAUUCUGGCAAACAACUUUCUGAAACCCCUGAAACAAAAAUCAAUAUCCGACCA